AUGAGCCUGGCCCACACCACUGUGCUCCUAUGGGCCUGGGGCAGUCUCCAGGCCUUUGAAAUAGUGGAGAAGGAGAACAUUUUUCUGAAGACCCCCUGCCCUGCUUUCCUUAUGUUUGACAAUGCUGCCUACUUGGCUGACAUGAGCUUUGAGCUUCCCUGUCACUGCAAGCCUGAGGAGGUGCCGGCUGUAGUCUGGUACUAUCAAAAGCAUGUGGGUAGCAGCCACACCAAAGUGCUGACAGACUUUGAUGGGCGUGUGCUGACCGAGGCGGCCCAGGUGCGUGUGGGCAGUGACAUGCUAGUCCGUUUCAGCAUCCGCAUGUUUAGCCUGUUGGUUUUCCGAGCCCAGCCUGAGGACUCAGGUCUAUACUUCUGUGGCACCCGCAAAGGGGAAUACUUUUAUGCCUACGAUGUGGACAUCCAGAGCAAUGAGGGAAUGGUGGCGACCUUCAAGGACAUGGGCCAGAAGCCCUUUGCUGAUGAGUACUAUGGGAACCUCCAUGUCUUCACCACCUUCUGGGAGUGGACCCCUUGUGACCGCUGUGGGGUGCGUGGGGAGCAAUGGCGCAUUGGCCUCUGCUACCUGCGGAGCCCUGACCUCUCCCCACGGUACCUGAGGACACAGUCUGAUGUGGUGUCCUGUGGUUCACAGGCUGUGCCUAGGAGACUGCGCACCACAGUCAGGGACCACAUGCCUGAGUUGCUGGUUCAGAGCUGCCUGGUGCCCUGCGAAAAGAAAAACCGGUUCCGGGAGAGUGUACUGGCUAUAUAUAACUACGUGUCCAAAGUGGGUAGCAAGCCUUGGGUGCCCAAAGUGCCCAUUCAGUUUCACCAGCAGAGACUGGGCCAUGGACUCAUCAUCUCCUGUCCUGGGGCCCGGCCAGAGCAUGCUGUGGCUUGGGACAAGGACCACCAGCACCUCUACCGCACACAAUACCUAAAAGGUGUCAACAGAUCCAUGAGAGUAUUCAUUGACCAUGGCAACCAGCUCCACAUUCGCUUCACCCAGCUAAGUGACCGGGGCAUUUACUAUUGUUGGCGGCAAGGGGUGCAGAUCGCUGGGUUUCGACUCAGUGUGACAUCCCGAGGGCACUACCCAGCCUCACUGUCUGACCCUGAGACUCGUGCUGCUGUGGAGCUCACCCUGAUAAGCUAUCUUCUCAUCACGGCAAUUUUUGUCACCGUUCACCUCUGUCGUUGCUGCUGUUACUCAUUUCGCUUUCGUCCCAUGUUCUCACCCUAG